CGGAAGUGGAGGGGCAGCCGGAAGGAGCCUGAAUCUCUGUCAGCCCGCAAGACUUUGACAGGAGCGGGAGGUGCACACAGGAGGUGGCAGCCAUGGAGCUGGGCGAGCUGCUCUACAACAAGUCUGAGUACAUCGAGACGGCAUCUGGAAACAAAGUUAGUCGCCAGUCAGUGUUGUGUGGGAGCCAGAAUAUUGUGCUCAAUGGCAAGACCAUUGUCAUGAAUGACUGUAUCAUCCGAGGAGAUCUGGCAAAUGUAAGAGUUGGACGUCAUUGUGUUGUGAAAAGUCGUAGUGUCAUCAGGCCACCAUUCAAGAAAUUCAGCAAAGGUGUCGCAUUCUUUCCUUUACAUAUUGGGGAUCAUGUCUUUAUUGAGGAAGACUGUGUGGUCAACGCUGCUCAGAUUGGUUCUUAUGUUCACGUUGGCAAGAACUGUGUGAUUGGGCGCCGGUGUGUAUUGAAAGACUGCUGCAAAAUUCUUGACAAUACAGUAUUACCUCCAGAAACUGUGGUCCCUCCGUUCACGAUUUUCUCAGGCUGUCCAGGACUCUUCUCAGGGGAGCUCCCGGAGUGUACACAGGAGCUGAUGACUGAUGUCACCAAGAGCUACUACCAGAAGUUUCUGCCCCUGACACAAGUCUAGUGCCUCUGCCCCAUAGCUUGAAUUCUCUUGAGCUCUAAGAUGAACUUGGGGACAGAGUGAGCAGUCAGUGUCUACAAGAGCAAUUGUGUCUUUGGCACCUUCUCUCCUCCUUUGUUUUUUAAUUUAGGAUUUUUUAUUCCCUCUGGAUUCUGAGCAUUUAGAAUUUACUAAAAGAAUGUCUGGAGGAAUUGUCUCUGCAGGCUGUGCUUAUACCUUAUCAACAGUCACUUCAAGACAUUAUCUGUGGACUGCAGAAACAUCUGUUCUCAACAUUCUAGCCCCAAGGCCUUGCAGAGGACCAGACCCUGGCUGAAGCUUACAGAGCAGCCAUACAUACCUAGUUACAGGUCAUGUAGCUGGGGUGCUGCUCACAGCAGUGCACUAAUCACACCAUCACAUAGAUAACACCCAGCUUUCUUGCUGCUAACAUGUGGACAGUGGCCACAGUUGCUUGAAGUUGUGUCUUAAGUGUUUGUAACUUCCGAGCCCAGAGUCCUAUUGCUUAUUAAAAUGUGGAGGAGGGAAAAGCCAGGCAUGGUGGUAUGUGCCUGUAAUCCCAGGACCUGGGAGAUAGAAAGCAGGAGGAUUAUGAGUUCAAGGUUACAUAAUGAGUUCCAGGUCAGUCUGGUGGGCUAUGUGAAACC